AUGGCUUCCCGAAUUGGACAGAUCGCACUCGCGUUUUUCAGUUUUGUUACCGUCGAAGCGGACAUUUCACAUUUCUUCGCGGACAACUAUGACUACUAUCCACAGCAACAACAGCUACCUACAUAUCCUGUAGUGUCGCCAGCACAACCUGCCGUGCCUAGUUUAUAUCCAGCACCUCCACCGCUGCCGCCCUCCCAAACAGGAGACAUACCUUCGAUCGGUGGGUUUCCGACUGCUGCUCCACCUGCUGCACCGCCACAAUCCACGCAUUCACCCGUCGCGCCAGUGCGCCCUUCGUCCACUACCGAAUUCACGCUGCCCGAGAUUGUGGAGAAUCGUGUCGCCAAGAGUGGUGGCAGAAUUAAUUUUAUUCCAUUGCAAAAUCAAUAUCUAACGCCUGAAGAAGAUCGUCCAAGUUUUGAGGUAUCGAAGCGACCACCUAGUUUUGGUGCUGGUUACUAUUAUCCGCGUCCCACCGCCAUUUUCAUACCCACAACGACUUCCACAACCACCAGCACUACAACUAAGCGUCCGGACCCUAUUGUGGUGAUUGAUCCGCCAGACAUUCUCCCAUCUGCGCAAGCACCGGCCAAUAAUGAUCCCGUUGCGCUGCAACCAGUUGUGCCGGGUAUCGAGCAGGGUUACGACUACAAUGUGCCAGCGGGUCCACCAUUUCAACUGCCUACACAAACGCCAUUAUCUACACCUGCACCCGUCUAUUUGCCAGCGGAUGACAACGCGUUCGAUGGCGCUACAGCUCCCAACGCUCUACGCUUGAGCGUGCACGAGAUGCGUUGCAUGCAACAAAAUGGCGGCUACUUUCGCGCUGUGCUCAAAGUGGAUAGUUUUAUAGGCGCCGCGCCGACAGUCGACAACGAUGCGAAUGAUAAGCGUUGUGAGUUGAAAUUGUCGCGCAGUUACGUUGUGACUGAUAUCGCAGCGGAGGAUUUCGAAAAGUGUGGCGUACACGCUUGCGGGAAGGAUCUGUGUUUGCGUUUACGUUUUCCCACCAUACGCGGCAUGCGCACGAGUGCGGAUGGUAUACUGACGCUGCAUUGCAAGACGCAGGAGCGUGUGGCCGUCAAGACGCAUGCGCUUAAAGUGAGCGUCUCCAAUGAGUUGCAAGCGCGCAGUCUGGGCACUUAUGCGCAUGGAGGCACACAGUUACCUUUUCGUACGCAUGUGGAGCUUUUUCGACGCACCGCGAAAGGUUUCACGCGCCAAUUAGACACACACAGCGCUGUGCUGCUCGGCGAGGAGUUGCUGCUGCGCGCGCAUGUGAUCGCUGGCGAUGGUUGGAAUUACACAAAAUUAACGGAUGUGCAUGUGCAACGCAUUUCACCAACUGGUGAGCUGCUCAACAAUGUUGCGCUCAUCACAUCGCGCGGUUGCAUCAAUCCAUCCAUGCAAAGCGUGUGUGCGCAGCCGCCGAGUUACGAUCCACCGCUCGGCCAUCGUUUGAACUUUAAGGCGGUCAUGUUCCAAGGCAUGCGCAGCGGCGAUGAGCUAGUCUUAUCAAUGCGCAUCACUGGUUGUUUAGAGGAGCGUGAUUGUCAUGUGGAUGCUAGCAAUUGUAGCGCCGUCACCAAUUUAUGGCGUCGGAAGCGCAAUGCUGUGGAAGGUGUGUAUAAUUCACAGAGCUCGAGCAAUAGUAGCGAAGUAUCGGAGAUAUCACGCAUUGCCUUUAGAGUUAUGAUGCCAAGCGAUGCGGCCGAUCAGAUUGGGGGGUUACCAAGUGAAGCGAGUCAAAGCUCGAACAUUGAAGCAGAAGUGCAGCAUGACUCAUCGUCUUUGUGGGGAAAAGCCCAUAAGGGAAUGUUAGUUGAAAUGAGCGUUUUGAAAUUAAUUUCUGCUGUCGGUUUUGUUUUGGCCCUCACUGGACUGGGCAUUUUUGCGGCGGUGAAGCUCUCAAAAUAAUAUUCACACAUACU